AUGGACCAUCCGCUGGCCAUCUACGGUUUCAGCAAGUCACAGGAAGAUAAGGACCGAAUCCUGGCCGAGACGUUAUCCGGGGGUGUGACGUUCAAUGACUGCAUGCUUCACGUAGCUGCAAAGGGUGCCCCAUUCGGCGGUGUUGGCAAUUCCGGCAUGGGCAAGUAUCAUGGUCCAUAUGGUUUCCUAGAAUUCACGCACCUGCGCACCCACAUUGAUCCUCCCACGUGGAUGGAGAAGCUCAUGGGAGCACGCUAUCCGCCAUACACGUCCGACAAGCUCCGCAAGCUGUACAAGCCCACCAAGGCGCCCUUCGACCGACAAGGUAAUAAGUUGCGUUGGACAAGGGGUUGGCUGUAUGUACUUGCCUUUGCCGUUGCCGGCUCAGUGGCUGCGCGGACAGGGCUCUUCAAUGCAUCGUUCCUUGUAGGACAUAUAGGAUGA